AUGUCUGCGAUUGGAUCUCUGAUAUUUUGCGUUGACUGUGGCAAUCUUCUGAACGAAUCCACCGGCGAUGCUAACACGAUCCUCACCUGCGACAUCUGCGGAACCAAAAAUAGAGCUUUAGAUUGUGCUUCCAGAACUAUUGUUUCGGAAUCCAAGCCGAAUGCGUUCCCAUCGGCCCUGCGAGCGAAAAGCUCUGCAGUCCGCGCGUUAACUGAGGAAGAUAGACCAGCGAAUGCAGUAAUCCAGCAGACCUGUCCAGAUUGUGGUCGGACGGAGAUGAGAUACUAUACGUUGCAAUUGCGUAGCGCAGACGAGGGAAGCACGGUGUUUUACACUUGCGAAUGCGGGCACAAGCAUAAUACAAACAACUAA